UGUUAUUUUUUUAACACGUGAGAUUUAAUAUUAUUUAUUUUAAAACAAAUUUUAACGUUACUAAAUUUUCAUUUUUUUUUCAACAAGAAUAUUAUAGAAAAUUAAUUUUUAAUAUAUUAUUAUGACUGAUAAACAAAGUUCAGAAGUGACUCCAUUAACGUCCUACUCUGAAGAAACUCCGGUUACUUUUAAAGACUUGGGUGUCACAGAUGUAUUAUGUGAAACAUGUAAAUCUUUAAAAUGGAAUGAACCAACAAAAAUACAAAAAGAAGCAAUUCCUGUAGCAUUACAAGGGAAAGAUAUCAUCGGUCUAGCAGAAACAGGUUCAGGAAAAACUGGAGCUUUUUCCAUUCCUAUUUUACAAGCAUUACUUGAAAAUCCUCAACGCUAUUUUGCCCUUAUAUUAACUCCUACAAGAGAGCUAGCUUUUCAGAUAUCUGAACAAAUAGAAGCAUUAGGAUCAAGUAUUGGUGUGAAAUGUGGAGUCAUUGUUGGGGGAAUGGAUAUGAUGGCUCAAGCACUAAUGUUAGCUAAAAAACCACAUAUAAUAAUUGCUACCCCUGGUCGUUUAGUUGAUCAUCUAGAAAAUACUAAAGGAUUUAGUCUUCGAAAUUUGAAAAUAUUGGUUAUGGAUGAAGCUGAUCGAAUUUUGAAUAUGGACUUUGAAGAAGAAGUAGAUAAAAUUCUAAAAGUAAUACCAAGAGAAAGACGUACAUUUCUAUUUUCUGCUACUAUGACAAAAAAAGUUCAAAAAUUACACCGGGCUUCUUUAGUAGAUCCUGUAAGAGUGGAAGUAUCUACCAAAUUUCAAACUGUAGAACAAUUACAUCAAUAUUAUUUGUUUAUUCCAGUUAAAUAUAAAGAUGUAUACUUAGUUCAUAUUUUAAAUGAGAUGGCUGGAAAUUCAUUCAUGGUAUUUAUGGCUACUUGUAAUGGAACAAUAAGAGUUGCAUUACUUCUUAGAAACUUAGGAUUGGAUGCUAUACCAUUGCACGGCCAGAUGACUCAAAAUAAACGGUUAGCUGCUCUCAAUAAGUUUAAAUCAAAAUCUAGAUCAAUUCUUAUAUCUACUGAUGUUUCUAGUCGAGGUUUAGAUAUUCCACAUGUAGAUGUAGUUAUAAAUUUUGAUAUGCCAACUCAUAGUAAAGAUUAUAUUCAUAGAGUAGGCAGAACAGCUAGAGCGGGAAGAUCAGGAAAGGCUAUAACUUUAGUUACUCAAUAUGAUAUAGAAUUAUAUCAAAGAAUAGAACAGCUUAUUGGAAAAAAAUUACCACUUUAUCAAGUAGAAGAUGAUGAAGUAAUGUGUUUACAAGAACGGGUAUCCGAGGCUCAAAGAAUCGCUAAAAUGAAUAUGAAAGAUAUGGGUGAUAAAAAAGGAAAAAGAAUACUAGAUGAUGAUGAAGAAGGUGCUAUGGGAGUGAGGAAGAAAGUUAUAGGCAAACACAAGGCAAAAAAAUUUAAAAAGAGGAAAUAAACUCUACUUAAGUUUAAAAUGUAUUUUUAAGUAUUAACUUUAUCAUAAACCUUUAUAUUUUUAAUGAAUAUAAACCUUUAUAUUUUUAAUGAAUAAAGUUAAACUUUUCAUAAAAUUUCAA